AUGCUAACUAAUCAAAAGUAUUCAUCCAAACUAUGUGCGUUGGCAAUUGACGAAGCACAUGUGAUUAAACAGUGGUAAGUGCUAACACUAUUUUAUAUGGUGUCAAAUAACUCAAAUUAAUAUAUUUUGUAUAUACUACACAAAUUAUAUUGAUGGCGAUCAAUAACACUAUAUAAUAUUAUAUACAUUAUACAAAUAUAUAAAGGCCUGUUUAAACGGAUCCAACAUUGUUGGACCAACAUCAUCCAACAAUGUGACUAUAAUAUAUAUGACUGCUUCUCUUUCAAAUCUUUUUGGUUAGAUAAGCUUUACUCAAACUCUAAACCUAGUCUUGACAAAAAUAUUUGAAAAAGAAGCCGUUUAGGCCAUUAUUUCAACAAUGUUGGAUAAUGUUGGCCAAACAAUAUUGGAUCCGUUUAAACAGGGCUUAAAUGAAUGAAGAAUUAUUAUGUUUAUAUAUAUUUAUGGUACAGUAAUGUAGUAGUAUGAUUUAUAUUUGUAGAAAAGGUAAUGUUGAAAACGUGAUAAAAAUGAAUAUUGUAAAAAUCUAUACUAUACAAGCAAUAUCAAGUUAAUUAUGCACCAGUCCAUGUAAACCCCUCCUCUUUUGACUUAGAGGGGUAGGUAGUAAAGAGCGAAAUUGUCCCCGCCCUUGGGGAAAGGGUAAUUAAUCAAUGUCCACACAUGUCUCUCAACCCAUGUAAAAUAGUUUUGUAUAUUUCAUAGAUCAGCAAUAGAAAUUAAAUCAAAUUUGUUUUUGUUAUUGUAUUUUGUUACUCUCCAGUUGGGGGAGGGCUGGGGAUUGACAUUAACUGGUGCAUAAAAUGUCCUUGAAAUCAGAGGUAGAUGGCUGAGGCCAUGGGGGACUGGAAUCAAUAAUUUCUCUAUAUGUUAUGGUAUUAGUGUGCUUAUAAAUACCAUACUCAAAAAAGUAACUAUAAUUGGUAUUGUUUAUUUAAGAAGCAUUCUAUCUGAUUUAAAAGAGCAUUUUAUCAGAUUUAAAAUACAAGUGUGUAAUGCCUUAAUCCAAGUUAUUGCAGGUUGUACUAUAAUGGUUUUAUAAUGUUUAAAACAAGUACAUAACUUUUUGCUGUUUCAUUAUAAUUAUAUACCUGCUUAUUUGAAUUUUGUUUAGGGGUACAUCAACAAACAACAAGUUGGUGGCAUUUAGGGAUUGUUACUCCCGCCUACAUGAAUUUAGAUCUUUGGCACCUUCAGUGCACAUGAUUGCCCUGACUGCUACUGCCACUAAAUCUACAAGAGACACAAUCUUUGCUGUUUUAUUGAUGGACAACCCCUGUGUGAUAUUUGAGAGCCCAAACAAGGAUAACAUAGCAUAUGUGGUCGAGUAUAUGUCCAGGGAUGAAGAUCUAGAACAUUAUUUUAGCUGGCUUGUUGAAGAAUUGAGGGAGAAGAAAGAACAUUGUGACCGAACUAUCAUCUAUUGUCAGACAAUAAAACAGUGUGGAUUAUUGUAUGCAACAUUGAAAGCUGCGCUUGGGAAUGAUAUGCGUAUCGGCAAUGGAUGUACUAAUAAUUGUCUUAUUGAAAUGUUACAUUCAUGUACUCCAUCAGCUAACAAAGAAAGUAUUAUCAAGUCUUUUAGUGAAGAAUGUGGAGUUAUUCGUGUCUUAAUUGCAACUAUAGCCUUUGGUAUGGGUGUGAAUUGUCAAGCAGUCAGCAGAGUUAUCCAUUUUGGGCCUGCAAAAAAUAUUGAAAGUUAUGCUCAAGAAACAGGACGUGCUGGAAGAAGUGGAUCCCAGGCUGUAGCAUAUUUGUUAUACAAUGGGAUUCUUCUAAAUCAUGUAGAAUGGGACGUGAAGUCUUAUGUUAGGAAUGAUAUGUGCCGUAGAACAACUAUCCUCAAGCAUUUUGACGAAGAUGCAUCCCCUCAUCCUGUACUUCACUUGUGUUGUGACUAUUGUGCUUCAAAAUGUGAAUGUGGAUCAUCCGACUGUGGCACACUUACUAUGUAUCCAUCAAAGGUACCGAGAAAAGAACCAGAAAGUAAGUUGAGGUCAAGAGGUGUUACCAAUGAACAGAGGGAAGCUGUGCUUGAAAAGUUGACCACAUAUCAUAAGAUGUUGAUUUCAAAUUUGGUGAGCACUUCUGCCAAAACAGAAUUAAAAACUCUAACUGGCAUUUCAUUAGUUCUUGGGUUCUCAGAGCUACAAAUACAGCAGGUGUUGGAGAACUUACGUAAUUUAUUUUCAUUAUUGGAUAUUUGCAAGUUUGUUGAGAUAUGGGACAUGAUGCAUGCCCAUAAAAUACUGUCAAUAAUUAAGGAAAUCUUUAAAGAUGUACAGGACAACACUUGCAAUGUUGCAAAUGCUGAAUAUGAAAUUGAUGACACAGGGUUGCUUGAGGAUUGGGAAACUAUAAUUGAAGAUGAUGAACUUUUUGCUAUGGCAGUUGAAAACUUAUCAGUGUCACAAUUGGAUGAAUCUUUCACAGAACAAAGUGCUAACUUAUCAGGUGCCUCUUUAGAUAUGAGCUUACUUGCUGAUGUACUUGACAAUAUAUAA